CAACUGUACACAUGCACCGGUCUUGGCGCGACACGUCCGUAGCCAUUGUGGUUCAAGUCAAUUUGGGCGCAAGGCUAUUCGGAGAUUCAUUGUUUCACCAUCAGGCUGUGUCAAUUGGCGGUCCUUGAAUAUUGCUGGCAUUUCCUGAUUCACAUCUCAUCAGGAGAGACACCCUGGUCGGGGCCACGCCAGUCUUAAAGCAUUGCCCAAUAUACUUCAGUAUGACAGACAUCCGCCAAAGAUCUCGAGGUGGCCUCCAAAAAGUGCGGCCUCCAACAGGCGGCUGGACAGAGCCUUGGAUCGCGGCGCAGCACCCGUCCAUCGAAUCGUCCCAAUCACGUGCAAAAGCAAGCCCACGCCAGGACAUUGCAACUAUCCUGGCAUUCGGAAAGGCCACCCAGUGGCAGCAAGCUCUGUCGGUACUACGGGACAUGGUUCUAACAAAGAUGGAUUUCAACGUCUUCAGCUACAGCGCCGGAAUCAGCGCGUGCGAAAAGGGCAAGCAGUGGCAGCUGGCUCUUGAGCUGCUCAGCGAGAUGCGGCAGGUGAGGGUGGAGCCCAACAUCUUCAGCUACAGCGCCGGAAUCAGCGCGUGCGAGAAGGGCAGGCAGUGGCGGCUGGCUCUUGAGCUGCUCGGCGAGAUGCGGCAGGUGCAGGUGGAAACCAAUCUCGUGUACGGUCAGCCUCGGCGCGUGCCAGCAAGGUGGGCACCAGGACGCGGCUCAGGUGGCGAAAAACGUCCCGGGCGGGCCCCCGCGGGCUCCCAGACGGUGCCCGAUGGCCCGAGACGCUUCCAGCAAGAGCCGGCUGGAUCUUCCACGACCUCACACUAGUCAGCUGCAACGCUGGGAUCAGCGCGUGCGAGAAGGGCGAGCAGUGGCGACGGGCUCUGGCGCUGCUCGGCGAGAUGUUGGAGGCGACCGUGGAGCCCGACGUCCUCUUGAGCUACAGCGCUGGGAUCAGCGCGUGCGAUAAGGGCAAGCAGUGGCAGCAGGCUCUGGCACUGCUCAGCGAGAUGUGUGAGGCGACCGUGGAGCCCAAUAUCUUCAGCUACAGCGCUGGGAUCAGCGCGUGCGAUAAGGGCAUGCAGUGGCAGCGGGCCCUGGCGCUGCUCAGCGAGAUGUGUGAGGCGAAGGUGGAGUCCAACAUCUUCAGCUACAGUGCUGGGAUCAGCGCGUGCCAGAAGUGCAAGAAGUGGCAAUUUGCUCUGGCGCUGCUCAGCGAGAUGUGCGAGGCGAAGGUGGAGUCGAAUGUCUUCAGCUACAGCGCUGGGGUCAGCGCGCUCGAAAAAGGCAGCCAGUGGCAGCAGGCCCUGUCGCUGUUUAGCGAGAUGCGGGAGGCGAGGGUGGAGCCCAGCGCCAUCAGCUACGGGGCUGGGAUCAGUGCGUGCGAGAGGGGCGAGGAGUGGGACCAGGCUCUGUGGCUCCUCUGUGAGGCGAGGCAAGGAAAGGUGAAAUUAGAUAUUCUCCACUACAACAUUGCAAUCACGGCGUGUGGGAAAUCUAAAGAGUGGCAAGCUUCGCUGUCACUGUUCAGGGAAAUGCAGCAAGAGAAAAUAGAACCUGACCGGUACAGUUUGACGGGUGCCACCAUAGCGUGCAGUCGCCAGUGGGAGUGGCAACAAGCGUUGUCGGUUGCGUUGGAGCUUUGGCAGUCCAAGCUGGAACCAGACACCUUCAGUCUCAGCGCAACUAUCAGGGCUCUUGUGUGGGGCAUUUCCCGCCAACAGAAAACCUAACGACCUGAAGAAAAUAAUCAGCGAAGCCAGGCCCACGAAAUUGGUUUGGGGGUACCAUACCCGAAAUCGAUGUAAAUAGAUGUGAAUGGCUCAUCUCAGGCAGGCACAAUCGGGUUCAUCAUUCGCCCCCGGAGAGAUGUGGGCGAUCGCGGCUGUCGACAGUAUGCCAGGACUGCUGGGUGGUUGCAGUACGCGGCCAGUCCGCAUGGUUUCGAUUCGAUCUAUUGGGUUUGGUGUGUCGUCAUUGGCCAGAAUUGCUGAUCAAAUUCGUCGUGCCGGGGUGCAGUGUCAAUGUUGCACACAGGCCCCGUAGUUGUUCACGGCCAGGCAUGGAGCCGAAUUGGCAAGAUCAUGUUCUUGAGUCUUUCAAUGGAGUCUGUCGCGUUUCUAGCACGCUUGGUCCGACCAACAUUGGCCUAGAGACGUGCCGAACGAGAUCAGUGCCAAUUGAAAGAUUGGGCUCGAGAGUGCAAACGAUAUUGCUGUAUGUGUCAAA